CUGACUAUUGCAUAGUUUCUAAAGCAAAAAUAGACUUUUAAACAAAAAAUAAAAAAAAAUCUUUAAUCGAUGCCAUGAUGCAUCCAAAAGGGAGAAAUUCAAUAUGAAAGCUGUCGCUAUAGCAACGCCCCUGCUAGAUUCCACCAAUCGAUGGAAUCUGUGGGGUUGUGUGAUGAGCCAGGGAAAGGCCAGUGUCCUACAUAAAGGGUGCGGGACAGGGAGCCGGGAGCCACAAAACGGGCAGCGCACCUUUUACUGCGAGAACACGACAGAGAAGGAAGCGCUCGUGAAGGAACAAGAAGUGGACAGAAAAGAAGCAGGAAAUAACUAAAAAGACAUGGUACGCUUAUAUGAACAAGGGAUCCCUGCGUGGUCCUAUAUGAGCACCCUGUUCAUCUUUAUCCUCUUCCACUCAGUCACAAUUAGAGGAGCUGCUCUGAAGCAAGAGGCGCCCCUGGACAGCGGUGCCACGUUGUUGAACCACUCCAUGGCUUUAGUGCAGCGCAUGGAGACGCUGCUGUCCACGGGGAAUGGCAGUGACAUCACUCUGCGUGUGCAAACCAUUUACAUGGACGAAGUGAAGGUGAUCCAGGCCCACAGCCAGAUUCUCACACUGCAAAGUGACGUGUUCGAAGACUUGCUGAUCAGACGGAACGACAGCGUUGUGGUUUUAAGGGAGACAUCAGACUGUGCAGCUGUUUUUGACAAGUUUGUCAGAUAUCUAUAUUGCGGUGACGUCUCAGUGCGGCUUGAUCAGGCUAUUUCUCUGCAUAAGUUGGCCAGUAAGUACCACGUGUUAGGCCUGCAGCAUGGACUGACCCAGUAUAUGACCCAGCAUCUUUCUAGUGAUUCUCCCAACAGUCAUGUGGUCAGCUGGUACAACUAUGCUCUGAAAAUUGGGGACACAGUCUUGAGGGACAGCUGCCUGCAGUACCUGUCGUGGAACCUGUCCUCUGUGAUGCAGAGUGGAGAAUGGAGCGCCGUCAGUGAGGACCUGCUCCUGUCUUUGCUCCAGCGAUCUGACCUGAUACUGCAGAGUGAGCUUGAGCUCUAUGAAGCCCUAGAGGCCUGGAUUAAUCACAACCAGCCCGACGCUUCUACAGUAGAGAGUGCUCUCAGGGCCCUUCGAUAUGGCAUGAUCCCACCUCAGCACCUCUUCCGUCUUCAGAAGCAGUCUCUCCUCAUGCUCAAGUACUAUGAGUCCAUUCGUGAUCUCCUCUAUUUAGCAUUUCAGUUUCACUCUGCCUCACCCAUACAACUGGCCAAGUACUUUGAUGUGAACUGUAGUAUUUUCACUCCACGUAACUACCUUUCCUCUUCCUGGGGAUCCUCUUGGGUCAUCAAUAACCCGACACGUGAUGACCGUAGUUUCAGUUUUCAGACUCAGCUCGGGCCCAGCGGUUACGACUCCGCUAAAAGAGUGACAUGGAAUGCUCUGUUCUCUCCACGCUGGCUCCCCCUCAAUGCCAGGUCAACAUAUACUGAGCUGAGUGCUAUGCAGCCCACCCGUACAGAGGGAGGUCGACCACGGAUUAUUGUAACACCAGCGACUUCUAGUCCAGACUUUGCGGGUGUUAGUUUCCAGAAGACGGUGAUUGUAAUGGCGAAACAACAAGGAAAAGUGGUGGUUCGCCAUGUUUACAACUUCCACCAAAGCACGGAGGAGGCCGGGGAUUUCCUGUUUGAUGCUGACCUGCAGCGGCGUUCGUCUGAAUACCUCAUUGACAGCUCCCUCUAUCUGCACAUUAUAAUAAAACCUCUGUACCAAGCCCUUCUCAUAGCCAGGAAAUAAAGGCAGGAAGUUGGGAUGACAUCAUCACUGGUUAUCCAACCUCCACCCACACAAUCACAUGAAUAUACUCUAAAGUGCACUCAUAGCACAGACUCACAUGAUAAUGUGUCAAGUCUGUGACAUCUCCAUUGUUCUUUAGUUCAUGGUUUGUUUGUUUUUUGCCUUCAAAUUGUUUAGCGAGGAGUUGUUCCCUACAAUAAAUGACAAAACUUCAAUUGAAUACAUUGGUGAUAGAGAAGUAUUCUGUUAGACCAUACAUAGAUGAUAUGAUAAAAACAUAUUUUGUUCUAUUCAUUAAAGUUUUUAUACAGUUCUGUAGUUUUCAAAUAAUAUUCCCUCAUCCAUCUUUUCAUCUUCCUUUUUUUCACCAAGUAUUUCAAAUCCACCAAAUCUGAACUGAGAUUUAGAGGAAGGCAUGCACCUAUC